AUGUCCGACGACAACGGCGGUCUUCCCGGCGAUGCCCCUCCCGGCGGCGGCACUGAGCACCUCAACAUCAAGGUGACGGACAACAACAACGAGGUCUUCUUCAAGAUCAAGCGCACCACCAAGCUUGAGAAGUUGAUGAGUGCGUUCUGCGAUCGCCAGGGCAAGUCCAUGACCGCUGUGCGAUUCCUGUUUGAUGGCACACGAGUCCAGCCUACUGAUACGCCUGACAAUCUCGAAAUGGCGGACGGCGACACGCUCGAGGUCCAUCAGGAGCAGGUUGGUGGCGCUGCCCUCUAG